CGAGUCUGAACUCAAAACUAGUUUGCAAUUAAAGCAUAUUCUUUGCUUUUUUUGUAAAUUUCUCGGUUUAACCUAUAAAAUCCCUUGGAAGUUUGCGACCCUUUAUCUAAACCCCAACUACCUAACUUGAGAGAAAUUGUCAACUUUCAAACCCAAAAGUCACCCUUUGGAAAUUUCCUUCAACUCUACUCAAUUGUUCUGUUCUGGUUUUUCAAGUCUACCAACUGUUCGAUCAAGGUCCUUGAUCUCAAUGAUAUUUCCUUUUUGAAGCAACCAAAUGCUUUGUUGGGUCACUGAGGUUUUGCUCUAUUUCACUGACCCGAAAGGAGAAACUUGAUUUGUGGUAACUGAUUGAAUCGCAGCAACAAGGGAGCAGUGGUUUCUGUUCAUGGGUAUCAGUUAAAACAAGGUCUGGAUUGCUUCAGUUUCAUUUUGGAGGCUGUAAUUGAGGUUUUUGAUACUUACCCUUAAUUUUAUUCAAUCUGUUCUCAAAUGGGUCGGUGUUGUUUUUGAUCUUUGACUCUUGUUUAGAAUCAAAUUUUGGUAAUUUUGUUCAUCGUAGAAUAUUUGGUGGGUUUUGUUUGUCUGAGCUUUAAGCGAUGGAUGCUGUUAUUGUACAAUCUAUUAAACCUGUUUGACACUGUGUAUGUUCUUAGUGACUUAGUUUUAUGGCUACUAUCAACAAACCCCAACUCAAAGCUGCGGCCUUUCGCCGUUUCUUAUCCGUAGUUCUUCUCACGCUGUUAGGGGUUUUGCUACUGAUAUUUCUCCUUGGAACAAAUUUAACUUCAAAUUUUGUGUCACCGCCUUUAGAUGAUAUAGAUGAAGUUAGUUAUACUAAUUCACAUUUGAGGGAAAAACUUGGUUUUCCUGAGCAGAGUAAAUUGUCUAUUAAAUUGGAGAAGCGAAACCAAUUGCCCCCAAGAAACAUAGAUCUGUAUCCAAAUCUAGCCAAAGAUCAUAUAACUAUUGUUCUAUAUGUACAUAACCGGCCCCAAUAUCUCCGGGUUGUUGUGGAGAGCCUUUCACAGGUUGUGGGAAUAAGUGAAACUUUACUGAUAGUUAGCCAUGAUGGGUACUUUGAAGAGAUGAACAAGAUUGUCGAAGGCAUCAAAUUUUGCCAGGUGAAACAGAUAUUUGCUCCUUACUCACCUCAUCUCUUUCCCAAUAGCUUUCCAGGGGUCUCACCUAAUGACUGUAAGGAUAAGGAAGAUGCAGCAAAGCAACAUUGUGAAGGGCAUCCUGAUCAGUACGGUAACCACCGAUCACCAAAGAUUGUGUCGUUAAAGCAUCACUGGUGGUGGAUGAUGAACACGGUAUGGGAUGGAUUGAAGGAGACCCGCGGGCACUCAGGUCAUAUUCUUUUUAUAGAGGAGGACCAUUUCAUAUUCCCCAAUGCAUAUCGCAACUUACAGAUACUUACAGAAUUGAAACCUUAUAAGUGUCCUGAUUGUUAUGCUGCUAAUUUAGCACCUUGGGAUGUGAAUUCAAGAGGAGAGCAGUGGGAUAGUUUGAUUGCUGAGAGAAUGGGAAAUGUGGGUUAUUCCUUUAAUCAAACUAUUUGGAGGAAAAUCCAUAGGAAGGCAAGAGAAUUUUGUUUUUUUGAUGAAUACAACUGGGAUAUAACAAUGUGGGCAACUGUUUAUCCAUCAUUUGGUGGUUCUGUUUACUCAUUACGAGGGCCGAGAACUAGUGCAGUUCACUUUGGUAAGUGUGGUCUGCAUCAGGGCCACGUGGACAAUAAAGCUUGCAUUGACAAUGGCAUGGUUAAAGUUGAUGUGCAAGAGAUUGAUAGAAUUGCCAAUAUCAAAUCACAAUGGCAAGUGCAGGUCUCUAAUAAUCAAGCGGGCUACAAAGCUGGAUUUAAGGGUUGGGGGGGUUGGGGUGAUGAGAGGGACCACAAGUUGUGCUUGAAUUUUGCUCGCAUGUAUCAUGCCAUAGACACUGCCUCUACUUUCUGAAGAGUUGACGUUUUGGCAUUUUGAUUUUUUUUUUCCAACUGAAGUAACUGGGGAAGGCUUGAAUGUUUUUGUUGUGUAAUUUAAAGGUAGCAUAAGUAGCUGUUAUUUGUUUAGAAUAUCCCACGGACCUUCAUUUUGUUUCUUUACAAUACUGCUUCAAUCAAAUGAAUUUUUCUUUUGCUA